GCGUACCCACCACUCUCCCCUCAAAUCUACCCCAAACCCCAGAACGGUAAUGCUCACGCUCUUGAUCCUGACCGACGUCCGUACAGCCACCCCGCCUAUCCAGCCUCGGUUGCUAAAUCUGCAAAAUACAUGUGAUAGACCUCCGCCGACACCAAUCCACCGGCACAGCCAGUAGCCUCCCUCUCUCUUCUCUCUCCCUCUUCUCUUAAAAAAAAAAAAUUAGUAUAAUAAUCGUGCCUCCAAGAUUCCAGUUCAUGCGAGGAAAACGAUGGCGUCGAUUACACUCAAUUCCCUAGAAAGCCAUACACAAAAAACAAGCAGAUUCAAUUUUCGAGACCCCAGUAUAUAAAUACUCCAUACAACACCGCACCAUAUGCCAGUUCAUCGUACUCUCUUACUCUGUCGUUUUCUCAAGUGCUAGAUCUCUCUACCCUCCAAAUCCCAAAUCCAAUAGAAGUUUCUAUUUUCUUCUUCCCCCCCUGAAAUGCUCCGCGGGCUGAGACUCUGAUCCGGAUUUGCAAUUCGGGGCGGGUUGGAUCGGGUUUUCGGAAAUGGAAGGCGGAGACGGGACGAUGCGGCUCGGGGCUCUCAACAUGAAGGCGGAUCGGGUGAGGUUCGAUUCGAGUCCCGAUGUGUCGGUUUCGUCGCCGGUGACCAAGCAGAAGGCGGCGGCGGCCAAGCAGUUUAUUGAGAAUCACUACAAGAACUAUCUACAAGGACUACAGGAUCGGCAAGAGAGACGUCGAGCACUUCAAAGGAAAGUGCAAGAAGAUCAGGUACCGGCUGAGGAACAAGAAGAGAUGAUGAGGAAUUUGGCACGCCGAGAAACAGAAUAUAUGAGACUUCAAAGACGUAAAAUCGGAAUUGAUGAUUUUGAGCAAUUAACUGUAAUUGGAAAAGGUGCCUUUGGCGAGGUAAGGUUAUGCCGUGCAAAAGGUACAGGAGAGAUUUUCGCUAUGAAGAAAUUGAAGAAAUCAGAGAUGCUUAGCCGUGGACAGGUUGAACAUGUGCGUUCUGAGAGAAAUUUGCUUGCUGAGGUUGAUAGUCGGUGUAUUGUGAAACUUUAUUAUUCAUUUCAAGAUUCCGAUUUCUUAUACCUUAUCAUGGAGUAUUUACCCGGUGGUGACAUUAUGACAUUAUUGAUGAGAGAAGAUACUCUUUCUGAAGAUGUUGCACGUUUUUAUAUGGGAGAGAGUAUUCUGGCUAUUCACUCAAUCCAUCAACACAACUAUGUUCACAGGGACAUAAAACCAGACAAUCUGAUACUGGAUAAAACUGGCCAUUUGAAGCUUUCAGAUUUUGGCUUGUGUAAACCUCUGGAUGACAAGUAUUCUACAUUAUUGGAAAAUGAGGAUUUAACAUCUCAAGAAUGCAUAGCUGAAACUGAAGGACAAUCUGGCUGUGAUAAGAUUCCUUGGUUGAUGCCAAAAGAACAAUUACAACAAUGGAAACGUAAUCGGCGUGCCUUGGCGUAUUCAACUGUUGGAACUCUUGACUACAUGGCACCCGAGGUUUUGCUGAAGAAAGGAUAUGGUAUGGAGUGUGAUUGGUGGUCACUAGGAGCAAUCAUGUACGAGAUGCUAGUAGGCUAUCCUCCAUUCUGCUCUGAUGAUCCAAGGAUCACAUGCCGCAAGAUUAUCAAUUGGAGAACAUGCCUGAAGUUUCCCGACGAGCCAAAAAUUUCAGACGAGGCAAGGGAUUUGAUCUGUCACUUGUUAUGUGAUGUUGAAACAAGGCUUGGGACACAUGGAGUAGAAGAAAUUAAGGCACAUCCUUGGUUCAGAGGUAUUGAGUGGGACAGGCUAUAUGAAAUUGAAGCUGCGUAUAAACCUACAGUUGUUGGAGACUUGGACACUCAGAAUUUUGAGAAGUUUCCUGAUCUAGAAGGUGCACCAUCUGCAACACCAACAGUGGGCCCUUGGCGGAAGAUGUUAACCUCGAAAGAUAACAAUUUCAUGGGAUACACUUUCAAGAAAUCAGAUGUCCUUAAAUCACUUGAAAGUUCAGGUACAGACAUGAGAUCAAAUGGAUCUUCAAAGUCCCCAUCACUGAUUUCCUUGUUAGGUAUUUUUUACUUGCAGCUACUUCUUGAUGUUAAGCUAUCUCUUAAUUUUGGCAAACCAGGUAGAAUUGACUUGCAAGACAGUGUAAUACCAGAGGGCGAACCAAAGCAGGAAGGCUAAGUUUUGUAUUGGAGCAAAUAUUAUUCUUUUCUUCAUGCGCAUGAUCUGCAAGCGUGUUUUUCUACAAGAUCAGAUUUCGCAAGAUUUGCUGUAUGCAUGAAGACACGAAUAAAAGAGGUCAGCUCGAAAUAUAUCAACUUCUUGGGUGCUAUUCUUUAUUACUCCACCCAAAAAUACCCCUUUGUGUGUAACUUUUACUGUAAAGACAGUAAGUUCUUAAGUUCAACAUUGCACUACUUUGUCCAGCUUCUUUUCCUCUAAGAACCAAGAGAACUUUAAUCUUAGUGCA